AUGGAGAAAAGUGUCAAACAAAAACUCUCUUCUGCAUCCGCUGCCGUCAUCUGGGCAAUCUUGAUGGGCGCGGUUCUCAUAGUUCUUUCGGUGCGGUAUGGUAACACCACCUGGGCUGAUGUAGUGUACUACUUUGACGGAGUCGGUUACUUUGCAGCCAUGAUCAAAUACUUACCACUAGUCAAAGUCAAUUCCAAGCGUAAAUCUACCAUCGGUUGGAGUAUUCAAUCAAUCAUACUGGACCUCUUGAGCGGACUCUUGCUCGGUCUUCAAUCUAUUCUUGACAGUACAAGCCAGCCAUCAGAUAUUAUAAUGCAUCCUGCCAAGUGCACCCUGGCCAUCGUCAUUAUCUUGUUUGACCUUGUAUUCCUGUAUCAGCACUUUGUCCUCUACGCAUACAGACGCGACUUUUACUAUUAUCAUCACCAGCGUAAACUGAGUUACUCUAGUGACUACGAUUCUCGAUAUUCCGAACAUUUUAGUUUCAAUAGUAACAAAUCCGAUAACCAAUAUGGAGCAGCAGCAGCAGUAGCAGUAUCAGCAGGAAGAGAAGAAGAAGAAGAAGAAGAAAUUGUUGAUUUCAGACAAGAUGAAUAUAAUAACAGUGACAGUAAUAGUAAUAGCAAUCCCCUUGUUACAUCAAGAUGUCUGGUAUUGUACACCAAUGCCAUCGACAUCACCAUCACCAUCAUUAUCAAUCUUGUCUUUUCCUCAACUCGUGGUCUUGUAGACCGUGUCACAAACCACUAA